GUCGACUGCUCUAUGCCGACGACGGAUUGAAUUCAGUGUGCAACCACUGUUGAGAAGGACUUGAUUGUCGAUUUCUAACACCGAUGUGUGAUUUUUCUACCGAAACAAAUAUCACACACCAUCGUUCAUAAUAGUAACCGAAUGGAAUAGAAAUUAUUCCAUUUCCAAAGGGAAAAAAAUCAAUAAAUCAACGACUUUACAUGACCUCCCGUGGAAAGCGGACAAUCAAGACAACGACUUCACGGCUCAUUCAACAGCUACCAUUAGUUUUUCGUCAACUGAGUGCCGUGUUAAUUGAAUAAAUAUCAAAUUGCAUCCGCGAGGAGAAUUGUUUCGCAGUAAAAAUUGUUCGAAUUUUUGUAAAGAAUAGACCAUUUUUAUUCGUGUUUGACUUGAAAAAAGUUAGAGGAAGGUAUUUUGUGCAAUCAACACGUGCUGCCUAGCUGCUAAAUCGAGUCAUUACUUUUCAAUGUUAUUGUCGAUUUAAGUGCAGCCACUCGACAAUUCUAUUUCACACUGAUUGUUUUAUGUGCGUUUCGAUCGACAAGCCGUGUAAUUAAGUAAAUUGUGAGUGUGAACACUAGCCGUGAAAAAAGAAAUGCCGUCACAAAAUUCAGUUCGCCAUCGCAGAGUAAGUAAAAACGAAAAUAUGUCUGAAUAUAAUAGCAAUUGAUGUUGAAAAACAUCAAAAUGACAGUCAAAAUAUCAAUAGGCCAAUUGAAAAGUAAAACACAGUGUUUACAUCACAUUCGUUAUCUUGUUGAAAAUAUUCGAGACGAACCAAAACCUGUGAGGUCCCAAUACCAUCAUCGAAAAUAACAAUAACUCGUUCAAGAAUAUAUACAUAUUUGAUCAUGUAUUCGAUCAUCAAAAUGAUUCGACUGGGAAACAUUGUCUCUCGGCAACAACGACACACAUUCUAUUCGUCUGAAUAUCAAGGUCUGAUAUAUCAAUUGCGAAAGCGCCGUGUCAUCAUUAGAAACGACAAAUCAAAAUUAGACGAGUUGAAUGGGAAUAUGUUUUUUUCUUCCUCUUCAAAAUCCUCCAACGUUCAAAACGAAAAAAACCAAGCCGUUUAAGUGAAGAGGUUGUUAGUUAUCAUUUAAUACUAGUGCUGUCACUUGUACAUGCAAACAAGAUAAGAUUGGCGAAUCUUUGGUGAAUAACGAUUUACUGAUAUGAUAGAAACAAAGAGACAUGAGUUAGAGAAAUGAAAAUUUACACGGUAGAAAAAUCAAAGAAAGACAUGAGCCGAUCGAAAUCCCUGACAAUCAUUCACAAUUGGAAAUCAAAGAUGGCAUCGAAAUCGUAUGAAUUGGCUGUGGUCGACAGCUGAAACUUUCAGCCUGAAAAUGCGAUAAGUACAGCUGAUAUGGACAAUCCUCAUUCGCAGCAACAGCAACAAUUUUUUGGGCUCUAAUAAAAAGACGCCGCAUGCGAUCUAAAAUUUCAGUGCACUGCUGUGCGUUGACGCGAAAUUUUGCGAUGGCCGUACAGCCUUUCUAAGCGGAUUUCUUGUUCUUCGUGUUCGGUGUUUUGUAUACAAAUAAUAAAGUCACAUCACAUUGACGCGGACGAUUCUAUUUCCAAUUUUGCAAGCAGCCGCUGAACCCGUGCAUUUCGCUACACAUACACAUCGGCACCCAUACACAGAGCAAGAGUGUAUUACAACCCAGAAAUAGCAUAUCGCACACACCAUGACAAUGGACUACGAGCUGUGCGAACGUCGUGAACUGUCAAUGGUAAUAAUUUGUUGGUGUGACGUUUCGCUGGAUUUGCCCAAGAGCUUGUUUGUGUCAUGAACUCUGUUUUUCGGCUAUUGAAUCCAUUUUUUUUUCGAUUAAAAAGUGCAUUUUAUAUGUUCAAAACUUACGUAAAAUUGGUAUCAAAACGAAAAAAAAAACUGAACAUUGUAGUCAUCGCAAAUUGACUGCGAAAAUGAAUCUCGCGCGCUGUGUGUGUGAAUGAACAACAUGUUCAAACAUUGAAGAAAAAAAACAGUUCCGUUUUGUCACAAUGAUAAACCUAAUCUCAGUCAAGCUAUUGUAUUUAUGUGAUGUGUAUUCACGUGAUGAUGCCACAAGUUUAUUUUGAUUGUGUUGGCCAGUUUAAACUCAAAUGUCUACUGUAACAAUAUGGUCAUGAUAUUACCAGCGUUUUCUUCCAUUCGGAUUCCAUUAAAAAAAUUGCCAUUCGCUUCCAACGUUCUCGCACGUGAACGGUACAAUUUUGAUGACGUUUUUCCAAAUGAGCGUUGCCAUUUAAAAUUACUUGUUAAACGCAUUGACGUUCGGUGUCGAUCAAAUACAGCUGUUUUCAAUAAUAUCAACAAGACCGAAUGAAUUGACCCGUUUCAAAGCGAUUGUUUUCCGAAGCUGUUUCUAAAUUGAGCGCAUCUCAUACGAAAUGUGUGCUGAUUGUCGCAUCGUCUUCUACACACGAAUCAGAACGUAAAUCAUCUUUAAACCAUUCGGUUGAUCUGAAUUACAACGUAUUCAUCACACAUUGGUCGAGCUUGUGAAGUUAUAAAUCUAAGUAGUCUGUGAUAAAAAACGAAUCUUGUCGUACCAAAUCUAAUGCAAAUAGCAUUCAACGGUGUCACGGUUCGGAUAUCGUUAAUUUAGUGCAAUAAGAUAAGAAAAGAAAGAGUACAUAUCCAAGAUCUAGUUAGUUAAGUGUCAAAUAUGAGACAAUAUCACUACAGAAGACUGUCUCAAAGCGGAGAUCCAUCGAAAUUAAAACCAAAUGGAAUUGGAAAACACCCAAAAUCAGCAACACGCAAAAGUGGGCUGCAAACAUCAUUUGUAUGCUUGAUUAUUUGCGCACUUCUCCUCACAUUCCUCUUGGGCUCCUAUACAGAUACUUUUCAUCCUCUAGUCGAUAAGGUUGCCGUAUCUUUGGGCUAUAAACAACUGCAAUAUGCCGUUGUCAUUGACGCCGGAUCAACGGGCAGCCGAGUCAUUGCAUACGAAUUCCACUUAGGAUACAUGGACGGUCGGUUGGUUUUGGACAGAGAAUUGUUCGUUCAAGUUAAGCCAGGUCUUUCAUUUUAUCAUGACAAACCUGCCGAGGGAGCCAAAACAAUCCAAGGACUUUUAGGAAAAGCAAAAGAUUUUAUCCCACAAGAAUUUUGGGCAACAACACCUCUCGUUCUUAAGGCAACUGCCGGCCUACGACUACUGCUACCUGUUGAAGCUGAAAAUCUACUGAACGAAGUGCGUGACGUCUUUUUGCGCUCGGGCUUCUUAGUUAAGGAUGAUUCGGUGGAAAUUUUGGAUGGCCUCGACGAGGGUAUCUAUUCAUGGUUUACCAUUAACUUUUUGUUAGGUCGUUUAGGUAGUAAAAAUACAGUAGCUGCCCUGGAUUUGGGUGGUGGUAGCACACAAGUAACAUUCGCACCAAAAGAUGUACAUAAAACGCCUUUGCUGUCAGAAUAUAUGCACACGGUCAAUGUACCAAAUGCAAAAAUUGAUGUAUUCACAACUAGUUAUUUAAAUUUGGGCUUGCAAGCCGUUCGCCAUGCCGUUUUUACACACAAUAGCACCAAUGGUGGCAAAGAUUUGGAAAGUAUUUGCGUGAAUCCAAUCAUCCAAUCAAAUCCAUUUAAAUAUGGUACAAAAGUAUACAAGCUCAGCGGGCAGAGUAAUAGUAAAUCGACCAAAGAGAAUCCGAUUGUCGAUUUUGAGGCAUGCGUUGAAUUGGUGAAACAAAAAGCCAUGCAUUUGGUGAAUCCAAAACCAAUUACACUCAAUCAAAAUCAAAUAGCUGCAUUCAGUUACUUCUUUGAACGGGCCAUCGAAACUGGAUUAGUUGAUCCAUUCGAAGGUGGUGAAAUUACAGUCGGUGACUUUAUUUCAAAAUCCAAAGAAAUAUGCGCCACUGCAAAUACUGACCAGCCAUUCAUGUGCCUCGAUCUAACGUACAUUUCAGUAUUAUUAAAGGACGGCUACGGGUUGGACUCAAAGACUAAAGUCAAACUAUACAAGCAAAUAAACAAUCAUGAAAUCUCAUGGGCUCUCGGUUGUGCUUACAAUUUAUUGGCUGAUGUUUCACGCAUGAAAAAAUAAACACACACAAACAGCACAAUACAAUGAAACAACAACAUACACUUAUACAAUAUACAUUCGAAGGAAGAGAUGGGGGAGAUGACCAAGAUAAUCAUUUUGCAUGCAUUCAGACCAAUUCCAAAAAAUGGGAUUUGAAAAGGACAGUUCAAACUUUCCACCGCAGAAAAGAAAAGUAGAUGAAAUCUAGUUGGAACAAGGAUUUAAAUAAAACACUACUAUAUUCAUGUAAAGAAAAUAAUGGGAUUUGGAAGUUGGUCAAUCGAAAAAUAUACUGCAACAAAUAAUUGGGUAUCAAUUCCAAUAUUUUCCUAGAAACACAUCUCAUUUAAAAGUAUGAACAAAAAUAGCUGAAACAAAGAAAAACAAAUCGCAAAUUGCUAAAACAAUUGAAAACAAAUUAGAUGAAAUUUUUGAACAAAUGUAACUCGUGGGAGCCUUGAAAAUAACCGCCAAUUCUUUUUCCAUCAACUAACUUUCUAACUCCAUUCCUAUACAUUGACUCUUGUGAUGUAAAUACAUAUGCGAACCCGUUGUGAACAAAUUGAUAAAAAAGAUAGACAAUGAGAUUAAAUUUAAGCGACAAAAAACAGUGAAUUGCCUUUUCAACGAGACUUGUGACGACUUUGUGUAAAAUGGAAACAAGUUUUUCUUUUUCGUUUUUUUUUGUCUGUAUUCCAAUUUUUAUUUUAAAAAAAAAGGAUUUUUGUUUAGUAGCACGAAAUUUUUAGGUUUUACUAUGUAACAUGUUGAAACAACGAUUUAUAGAGAGAAAAAUGCCCAAAAUAAAAAUUAAACUUUGAUAUUUUUAAAUCAAA